GGGGCGGUUCAUCCCUCCACCCGGAGGAGAGGAAACGCUGGAGCUGCAGGAACAAGAUGCCUGUGAAGGUUGAUCUCCCUUAGCCUGGCAAGGAGAGAACCGAGGGGGUACAAAGUUAUGGAUCCUUUAUACUUCCCCAACACCUUCAGCGCAGAAGCUGGUUCCAGAGAGGCGAACUCCUCCCUGCUGGCCAACCUGACUGAGAAUGGGACCCUCUCAGAGCAGCCUGCCUUCAAGUACAUCAACAAGGUGCUGGUGCCCAUCUGCUACCUGCUGGUGUGCGCGGUGGGGCUCAGCGGCAACACCUUGGUCAUUUACGUGGUGCUGCGCUACGCCAAGAUGAAAACCGUCACCAACAUCUACAUCCUGAACCUGGCCGUGGCCGACGUGCUCUUCAUGCUGGGCUUGCCCUUCAUGGCCACCCAGAAUGCCAUCUCCUACUGGCCCUUCGGCUCCUUCCUGUGCAGGCUGGUGAUGGCUGCCGACGGCAUCAACCAGUUCACCAGCAUCUUCUGCCUGACGGUGAUGAGCAUGGACCGCUACCUGGCGGUGGUUCACCCCAUCAAAUCCACCAAGUGGAGGCGCCCCAGGGUGGCCAAGCUCAUCAGCCUGACGGUCUGGACCUUCUCCUUCCUGGUGGUGCUGCCGGUCAUCAUCUUCGCCGACGUGCAGGAAGACUUCCAGACCUGCAACAUGAACUGGCCGGAGCCUGUCAGCAUCUGGUCGGCAGCCUUCAUCAUUUACACCUCGGUGCUGGGCUUCUUUGGGCCUUUGCUGGUGAUCUGCCUCUGCUACCUGCUGAUCGUCAUCAAGGUCAAGUCCUCGGGGAUCCGAGUGGGGUCGACGAGGCGAAGGAGGUCGGAGAGGAAGGUGACCAGGAUGGUGGUGAUCAUCGUGGUGGUCUUUGUGUUUUGCUGGCUCCCCUUUUACAUGAUGAACAUUGUCAAUUUGAUAUUCAUCCUGCCAGAAGACCCUGUGCUGGUUGGGGUCUACUCCUUCGUGGUGGUCCUGUCCUAUGCGAACAGCUGUGCCAACCCUAUCCUCUAUGGGUUUCUUUCUGACAACUUCAAGCAGAGCUUUCAGAAGGUCCUGUGCCUCCGAAAGGGCAACGGUGUGGAGGAUGGUGACCCCAUGGAACACAGGCAGGAGAACAGCAGCCGCUUGCAGGAGUCCAUGUUAACCCAGAGGAACAUUGAGUUCAAUGGACACAUGCAGACCAGCAAGGUGUGAGGGCACGGUUUGGCACUGCAAAGCACUUGUAGACCUGGACGCCUCGGGGACUUCAAGGAGAGAGGAAGUCACAGCAAAGCUGAGGUCUGGAGACCCACAUGCUCAAAGAAAUGUACAUAGACUUUACUCAGUUCCCUUCCCCAGCUAAAAGUGUUACGGUCUGUACUGGGCUGUGUGAAGCUCUGCUGGUGGUGUGGCUAAGUCAGAUGUGUUUCACCACGCUCUGCACUCUGGAGAGCUGAUUUACUGGCACACCCUUGCCAGCUUUGAACCACUCUGGUGAUGCAAAACAGCACCAAGCCUGUUCUAACCACCUUGUGAAGCUGAGCUUGUGGCUGCUGCCAUCAGCACAGAGCAGAAAGCAGCUCAGAUAAUACCUUUGGGAGGGAUCUUUGGGGGGUCCCUUACAAAGCAAAAUGCUCUUUCUUAGGAGGAAAUUUCAUCCAGCACAGGUCCCAGCACUGAUCUGGGAAUGUGUAUGGCUGUAGAGUGCUGGGAGGUCCAUUGACAUUGGUUAACUGUCCUGCACCCACUGGGGAGAUUCAUAGUGUUGGGGGAUCCUUCAAGCACAGCAAGAAAGAGGCAAGAGGCAGACUGGGAGAAUGUUGCUGGAAGGUUUCAGUGUAUUCCUAACACUUGCACAGUCCAACCCAAGCUGCCUAGCAAAUGUAAUGUAACCACUUCAUUAUGAUGUCAGUGAUGAUGAUUGUGAAGCCCAGGAAAGCUGUUGUGUAUAUUUAUUGGUUCUGAAUGUCAGUAUGGACGUCGAUAUAAACUGUAUUU